UCAGUUGCUGAAUUAGGGUCGGUCGGCAGAAUGGGUUACAAAAAACACGAAAAUAGUGAAAACGAGGGAAAUUUGGAACCAAAGAAAUAUGUUCAUUCAUGGAAAAAUAUCUGGGUAUAUGUUCAGUGUUAUUUUGUAACCAUUGCUUCCAUAUUGGGAACAGGAGUGUUAGGAUUACCAGUCACUGCUUGGCAGUCAGGCUUUACACCAUUUCUGACAUCAUUUUUGGUUGAUUAUGUAAUGCAGGCCUUCAGUAUCCUCUUAUUUGUGGACUUGUUGCAGAAAGGUCAAGCCUUCCUCCUCAGCACUCCAGAGAAAGAUCUUGAGGCAGUUCCAUUAAAUGAGCUGUUCAGUGAUGAUGAGGAGAAUGAUAGUCAACCUUCUGGAGAUGACAUGAGAGAGUCGCUUGAGGGUAUCAAACGCAAAAACAUGUCAAGAUAUGAAGAAAACUCUAACAUAGUUAACCUGCACAAAUUGUCUGAAUUGUACAUGCCAUUUUAUUUAUGGAUGCCUUUUGAUGCAACUGUGUUUUUUGUGCUCAUAGCAGUCGUUAUAAGUUUCUCCCUGGCAGGAAGUGAAGCCUUUGCACAGCUGUUUGGAAUAGAGAAUUUCAUUCAUGUGAUUCCGUUCUUUGUCUGGAUACAAGCCUUCAGCAUCGUUAUAUUUGGCGAUAUAAUCAAGGUCGCAAUAACGUUUCUAACUCUCUUCAAAGGUUGCAUUCUGGUAGCUGUGGUGGUAGCAACAACUGGUGUUGGAGCUGAGAUUGACAAUCCUAUUACUAAUGAUUUUAAACAUUUUGGCCCAUCCUUUCUUCUGGGUACUGUUGCCUUAGGAGGUGUUAUGAAUAUCUUACCCAUUCUGUACAACAAAGUGGAGCCUGUUAAAGAACAAGUGCAAUGUUUCUUCCUUGCUGCAUUUGGUGGACUAACAACAUGCAUGAUUCUCAAUGUGUUAUGGGUUUUAGCUGUUCUUCAUAUUGUACCUCAAACUGAUGCUGAAUGUGGUGGAAAAUAUUCUGAAUUAGCUAACGAAAAUGAAACCUCAACAUCGUCACAUCUAGUGACAAAUUAUAUUAGACUAUUUCCCUGAAUACAAUUGGAUUGGACAGUUUAUACAAAUAUUUAUUGCUGUGAGCCUAACAGUGUCGUAUCUUACGUUUGGAUCUGCCAUGAAGCACAUGUUGGGAGGGGUGUUAGAGGCGGUGUUGCCACCAAGUUCCAAUUCAAACGAGCCAACCAGUACGCUUCAAAGAGUCACCCAGUCAAGAUUCUUCCCGCCAAUAGUGUUGCUCUUGAUAUAUGUUGUCAUUUUUGGUGUCUGCAUGAAGAACCCAAAGGGGUUUGUUACAGUCAUGGAAUUUUUCUCUUCUACGUUUUUAAAUCUUGAGGUUGGUUUCUUCCUCAUUAUGAUGAUACAAGGAAGCAGAAAGGACAAAUACAGAAAUGUAGAGGUGCCAUGGAAGUUACCUGAAGUGACGUAUUACCUGCAGUAUGUGAUGUCGGUUUUCUUCCUUUUUGCGGUUGUCUUCGCAAUCAUUAAAGCAAUUUCAACAUUCUAAUCUAAUAAUGAAGCAUUAGUUACGAAUCUAAAUUUCGAAAACAAGAGAUGGGACCACAAUUUAUUAUUGUAUUCCUAUGGAAUCUAAAUUUGUAUUAUAGAUUGGAAGUGAUUUGUUUGAGGGCAUUAAUUAUCUAGUUGGUUAACUUGUGGUAGUAACUGUGUUUGCACCAAACAAUGUAGAUCUUCUUUGCCUGGAUCUAUUUUAAUAAUACUCUUCCCUAUGAAAUAAUAUUAGUAAUAAAGAACUUGACCAUUUCUAUUUCCGAAAACAUUUAUAAGCUGUUGGGCCUGGCUUUAAUAUGGUUUAUGUGCAUAUGUGUACACUCAUUAGCCUAUGUUGAACUGGCCAAACCACCAUUGGAGUGGGAAACUGCACUGUACCUAAUACAGAUCCCCAGACCCAGACCAAAUUCCCUAGUUACUGAAGUAAACUUAUCGUCUUACUUGAAUGGAUGGAUGGGUAUAUACGGUGUAAACACCAAGGAUAACCCACAGAAGUCUUAAAAGUGAGAUUCUUCUGGUGGUGAUUGGACAGUACACUAGGAGUACUACUCUUUUCCAAAGCGUGUACUGCGUUCUUUAACAAUACGUGCACAUGGGCCAACGACUUAAACAUCUUAUCUGAAAGACGGUGCUCUGAAAUACAAGGAGAGCAGUGAUGGAAAUUGAACUAGGAACGACAAGAUUUUGUUCAGCGCACACACACGGUAGCUAUCCCCAGGUAAGCCGACUGAGCUAAGUGGCUCUCACUCAAUUUACUACACAAGUACAAGGUGGUGCUGUUACAUAUUUUUAUGUAAAUAUAUAAUUUAUUUAAAAUAUUAGAGAUAUAUAGUAUCUUCUUCCACCUUGCAAUGUAAACAUCAUUUGUUUCUACUGUUGUACAGUACUUAAAAUUGUUAGGUUCUUGGUGUUGUGUUGGUACCAUCUUAAUAUGUAAUUAAAGUUUUGUCACCUUGUUUGUAAAAUCUAUGACAUUAGUUAGAAACUAAGAACAAAUUAAACUGCAUCAAAUCAUACUAAUUCUGAAAAAAUGCUUAAAAAAAACCAUAAACAAACUCAUAUAUAAUGGAAUUUUGUCUACAUCUUAACAAAUAUUUGUUGAAAUACAUAAUCAACUUUAGGCCUGUUAGAAGUUUGGAAAUAAAACUUUUUAGUGCAAAAGCUAUACAUUGUAAUACUAGUUUUAGCAAUAUUGUAUAUAAGUGCUAUUUAAGAGGUUUUUAUUAAAGAUGUACUAUCAGUCAUGAAGUAAAAAGAAUGAAAAUUGUAAUUCCACAUUUUAAUUCCUUAAGUUGUAUAUUUAAGUAAGUUAUUAACUAAAAUUUAAAAAUUUUAGGACAGUUAAAUAAUACCUUUUCUGUAUUCUUUUUUGCAAAUUGAUUACCAGCCAAUUUAAGGAUUUCUGGCAUAAAAUGUCUUUUUAUUGUCUGUUUCUCGUUAGCAGCUAAUGGUUUAUUUGGUCCUUUUAAAUGAGCUAUUCAAAAUUUUACUUUAAUUGUUUUUUUGGUCGAUAGUACAUCUUUAAACCAUAGUAAAAUAUAUUCUAAACGAACAAUAUAUAAAUAAUUUUAAUUAUGUCUUUUCUAUGCCUGUGCAUCAGAUUAAUACCUAGCAUUCCAGGGUAAACAUAAGUAAUAUACUAAUGUACAUGAUGUCAGUAAAUAUAUAAUUAGUAUAAUAUAUAUUCUGAAGAAAUUUAAUAAAAUAUAUUCAGUACAUAUGUCUUACCAUUAAGUUUAAGUUAGUAUCAUGUAAGGUGUUAGAAAAUCUGUUAAUAGAAUUUUAGUUCAGUUUUUAAGAAUUAUCAUUUAUAGAUAUAGGUAGUUUGAUUCAUAUUUAUUAUACAGGUAUCUUAAAAUUGUCAUGUUAUUUAAGAGAAUAAUAUUAAUUCAAUACACCCUCCAAUUCGAGACCCCAUAACUCUGAGACCCUUUCAGUUCAAGAACACUUUCUUAAAGAACCAAAUAACAAUCUUUAAUUUUUUAACACAAAGCAAACGCUCUUGUUUGAGACUGAACCCCAAGACCACCCAAAAUUUUCAGAUCCAAAGCUGGUCUCGAAUAGGAAGGCAAAGGUGUUAGGUUUAAAUAAAAUAAAUGUUGUCACAAGAGGGUGUUGUCAAUACAGGGUCCAAGGUGCUUAUUGCAAUGGUUUUUUAUGUGCAAUACUGGUAUAUAUUUUUAUUUUGGUGUACUGCUCACAGGGUUGUAUCUCGAGCAAUAAGUAUCAAUUCAUCGUAUGUAAAGUUGCGUACAUAUUAAAAAUCUGUCACUUAAGUGA